AUGAAACCACUGAUUGUUGUUGUUGGUGCAACAGGUCGACAAGGUGGAAGUGUAAUCAAUGCAUUAAUUAAUUCGAAUAAAUGGACAAUACGUGGUCUUUCAAGAAAUGUUACAUCAGAAGAUAGUCAAAAAUUAAUUGCAAAAGGUGUUGAAAUGAUAUCGUGUAAUGUAAAUUCGUUAGAUGAAUGUUUAGAAGCCUUUAAAGGAUCUUAUGGCGUAUUUGCUAUGACUAAUUUUUGGGAAAGUGGUGCAACUAAAGAAUAUGAACAAGGUAUGAAUAUGGUCAAUGCAGCACGACAACAAGGUGUAAAACAUUUUAUUUGGAGUAGUUUACCUGAUACAAUGGCUAUUUCUAAUGGGCAACUUGAUUUACCACAUUAUAUGAUGAAAGCUCGUAUUGAAUCUUAUAUUCGUUCUCAACAAGACCCACCAUUAUUUCCUUACACAACAUUUAUUUAUGUUGGUUUUUAUUAUCAAAAUUUUCAAACAUUUUUUCAACCAACAAAUGAUUUUGAAUUUCGUGUUUUACUUCAACCAACUGCUCGUCUUCCUCUUUAUGAUGUUCGUGAUACAGGUCCUGUUGUUGUACAAUGUUUCGAACAUCCUGAUCGAUGGGGACAAGGAAAUAUUAUUCCAAUUGUUGCUGAACGAUUAACAAUGGAUGAAAUAUGUGAGACAAUACGACGCGUUACAGGAAAUAAAAAAAUUCGAUAUACACCAUUAACAUAUGAUCAAUGUAUUGGACAAGCAAAAGAAACACUUGAUAAUAUGAGAUGGUAUAAUGAAUAUGGAGAUGUUGAAGAAAGACAUGCAGAAAAAACAAAACAAGUUUAUAAUCAAAUGAAAACAUUAGCAGAAUGGAUUGAAGAAACAAAAUGGUUGAUGAAUAAAAAAACUGAACAAUAA